UGUACCUGUCAACUCAACUGAAGCAUCAUUAUAAUCGGCUACUUCAUGAGAAAGUUUCACUAGUAGCUAGCUAGCUAUGUUUCAUAAAAACUCAACAACGGUCACCUCUUUUAUACUGCUAGAUACAUUUCAAAAGUGCUGAUAAAAUACAUGGCCUAAUAGAGUUCAUUUUUUCUGUCUGAUUUUACUUGACAAAAUGAAUUGGGUCGGUGGUUCAAGGAACCGGUUUAUGAUGAGAAAUGACAUGAAAAAGCAGAGGGAAUUCUUUGAAAAGAAAAAAAUGCAGAGAAAGAUGAAAACCUUAGGAAUACCAACCUCUCCUAAAGGAGCCACUUCUGGAAGUAUGGACCUAGUGACUUUAUUCAUAGUAAACCAGAUUGCUGCAAAGAAAGAAAACAAUGAUCAGCCAAAGAUAACUCACAUCACUGAUGAUAAAGGAGGACCCAAGUCGAUGAGGGAGGGGCCCCUGGAGUUACCCAUGAGCCCUUGCUCACCAUCACGGCUUUCCCUUGUGGAGAGCCAGCCUUUGUACAGUGUCCAGACUGCUAGAAAGAGAAAGCACUGCAUUCCUAAUGGAUUCAAGUGUAGACAGCUCUCACCAGUGCUGGAGUCGAACAUGUCAGACACCAGUACGUCAGACUACCAGCAACGCAUCCAGGACACCCUGAGCCCCUUCUGCUCGGCAUCGUCGUCAGUCUCCUCCUCAGGGGCAGGCCUGUUCUCCCUCCAGCACAUAGCACAGGUCCAGCCACAGCUACACUGCUCCCCUAGAACCCCAUGGGAUACCUCCACCUCAGAGAAACUACAGUUUAGACCUUUCUCUCAGCCAGGAGGGAGGAGAGAGUGUUCCCCGUGGGCCACAGGACCAAGUGGACCCAAACAGCAGCUGAACAUGACCCCCACUGUGUCCAGAGUACUGUUUGGAGGCACAGAGCCUGAUAGCACAGACACCAGAGACCAUGUCAUGCACGCAGUGGGGUUCUCUAUCAACCAAUCGGAGGGCAAAGACCACACCUUGGAGUUCUCUCUCAAAGAUCAGACAAUGAAGUUCUCUCUCAACCAAAUAGAGAGUGAAGAGCAACACGAGAAAGCACUCUUCAGGGCCUGCAGUAAUGAGGAAUAUGGAAGUGAAGCAGCUAAUUUUAAGAAGGGGAUGUCUAAGAUAUAUCUCAAGGAGGAAGUACCAACGUCUUCCAGAGAUGUGAAUGAAUCACAGAGCCAAGACCCUGAACCUGAUUUUCUGACUCAGGUUUCUAACUGCACUGAUGUCAGCUCAUCUUGUCCUGGAAACACUCAUCAUGGUCCUAAGGAAUUCUGCGAAUCAUCGCCCAGUUACUCUCCAAGAGGUUACUUUAGUUCAGACUCUGAUGAUGACGAGGUGGAGGAUUAUUACCAGUGUCACCAGGGUGGAUCCUCACAGUCACACACAGUGAGGUCCUGUAGUGAAGAGUUCCCUAUCCUCAGCCAAGGCUCAUCACAUUGGAACACACAACAACUGGGUCACCCUCAGUCUCAACCCAGACCUUACACCCCACCCACUAGGCCUCAAUGCACAGGGAACUGUGGAAACGACCAGAGAGCUUUGGAGAGCUCCGGCUACACUGAGAGACGGUCAGGCUGUGCAGUUACAGAUGACACAGAUAACGGCCAGGUUAGGGUUAUAAGUGAUCAGUAUGUCCCAUCUUGUCCUCUGUCUGAAUCACAGUGCUCUGAGAUUCACCAACAAAAGAUGGAAGCCACCGGAACACGAGAAACACAAACACGAGAAAUGGGAACACAGACUGUCACCACCAUCACCUCGAAAUGUCCAACAUCGGACGUUUCAACUCAGUGCAGUUUUGGACUGGAGUGUAAAGAGAACAACCUCAUGGACUCUGAAUCCCACAAGUCUGCUUACAAUGUAAUACCGACCCCAACUACCAGAGGGCAGGCAAGUCACAGAGAUGAGUCUAUGAGACAACAGACACACAGAGCAUUAUCAGACAGAUCCAGGAAGGAGGGAGAAGAGCAAACGCCAUGGAGAAAAUCAACAGCCAGAGAGCUCAAGGCUGGAACUGGGCACCAUCCAUCAAUCAUCCCUUCUAACAAGUGUCGUAACACUAACACUGAGAGUAGAGUGUUUAUUCAGAGACCCACUACCUCUAUACUAGACGUUCUCACCACCAAUGAUGUAAAAGACUUGAGAGAUGAGCAGCUGCAGCAUAGAGGACAGGAAGAUGAAAGAGAGGUCCUGGAAUCUGUUGAGAAUGUUCCUCUUAGAGAAGACCUUCCAGAUGACAAAGAGGAGAAACGGAGAGAGAGUGCAGAGGAGAGGGAGGAGGUCACUGCUGAGAGCGGAGUUAACAGGCUUUCAGAGGAGGUUGAGACACUUCAGGAAAUAGCAGACAUUCUGCUCAUGCUGAAGCAGAGGAAAAAAGAUUAGAGGUGGGAAGGACAGGAGAGUAUCCCUUUAAGAGUUGUGGACAAUACUAUCAACUACAUCCCAUUACCACAGCAUCUGUUUCUGCAUAUUUAAAGGUUUAUAACAAUGCCCUUGGGAUUCUACAUUAAAACGAAAGCCAGACAUUGCAAGAU